UUUGUCCCUUUAUACAUCAAUUCCACCACUUUAAGCCUUAUAUAUAGCCUUCUACAAUUUCAUGUUUCUCAUAGUAAGUCAAGCCUCAAACAUACAGAUUUUCUCACAAAUAGCCUUUACAAACUUCUUUUCUUUCAAUUACACAUCUCACACAUAAAAAAAUAAAAUAAGAAACCUCAACCUGCAAUCUUAUAUAGUAAAAAUCAUAUAAUUUCUCUUGAUCAAGGUCUAAAGUAACAUGGAUAUGGUGAUGAAGUUGGGAGCAGAAAGUCCAGUGGUGAUUUUCAGCAAAAGCACUUGUUGCAUCUCUCACAGCAUUGAAACCCUAAUUCGAGGUUUUGGAGCAAACCCUAAAGUAUACGAGCUCGAUAAAAUUUCGAACGGAAAGGAAAUGGAGAAGGCAUUGAUAGAGUUACUAGGGUGUAAAUCAAGUGUGCCAGCAGUGUUCAUUGGAGAAGAGUUUAUUGGUGGUUCAAAUGAGAUUAUGAGUCUUAAUGUUAGAAGCAAGCUCAAACAAUUGCUUUUAAAGGCUAAUGCUAUUUGGAUAUAGAAAUAUAUAUUUAUAUAUAGAGAGAGAGAAACUAGCUACUGGCUAGCUAGCAAAUUUAGACUCUUGUUUCAUUGUAAUUGUAGUAGUUACAAGUCUUUUAUAGUCGAUGGUUGGUUUUAUAUAUCUCCGAUAUCCUAUUUUGAUGUACUAAUAAAGAUAGAGUUUAAUUUUUA